AUGAGAGACGUUCCACUAGACAAGUUAGGCGCUACUUUCCCUCUCCAUCUCAAGUCCUCAAGCACAAAGGCUACGACGAUGACACCGCCUAGCCGCUCGCUGCGACGCUAUCGCCAUAUGAACAGGCUGGUUUUCUGUUUCCUAAUGCUCAUUGCCGGCAUUUGCGUAUUCUUCGGCUGCACAACAUCCAAUCUUAUCUCGCCCAAUGUGCUCAAGGUCACCAAGUCCCCAGGCCUUGAUUCCAAUUCUAUAUUCUGGAUGCCUACAAGAAAGCAAGAAGACUGGAAGAUUGUAAAGGCGACAGUGUACUAUGAGUCUGGCGACAAGACACAGAACGCCCGCAUUCUUGCCCUUCACGACUUCCACAACGAGUGCUUCAAAUAUGAAACACACACACUGCGUAUGCCGAUUGUGCGAGGCGCUGUCAACAAAUUCCUUCACCUCCAAUCACUCAUCAUCAAGGAACUUCAGAAGCCGAUUGAGCAGCGUAUGGAGUGGAUACUCUAA